UUUUUCCCCUAGGUGAGCACCAAAACCUGAGAGAAUAUAACCCACAAAGGUUUUUUUAAAUCUGGUACUUUUCAAUGUUUUGGCUGUUUCUGUUUCAUGCUCAGAGGCUAGCGGAGAAGCUGGGGUGGGCAGGUUCACUUUUGUUUCUUGUCAGUUUUCAUACACCAAUAACAAUAUCCAGUACUUAAGGAGAGUUUUUAAUCAGAGGGGCUGGAAGCACUUUAGAAACAGGGCAAGCAUCAUUUGCUGUAUUUUACACAUGGGGAAACUGAAGCACAAGCAGCAAACUAGCUUGCCCAAUAUCACAGGCUUUGAGUUAGUAGCAGAACCCAGCUUUUCCCCUCCAUGUUGCUACUAGGCCAGGCUGCCUUAGGCUAGCAAAACAUUGCAGUGUUGGGGCUGCGAAAUUGGCAGGGCAAAUGCUUUGUGCCCAACAGAAAUCCGUUCCUUGGCCGAGAACAGGGCAAUGAGUGGAACUAUUUCUUUAGGCGAACCCUUGUUCUGAGUAGCCCAGCCGCAGAACUAACUUGCCUGGCUGGGUCCCUUUAACACAGGAAUUCCAGGCAACCUUGUGAAGAGCCCUUCCCACUGCUGCUGGCCUGCCCACUCCCCCAGCCCUCUCUGGCCAGCUGAUUGCAGGCAGGGCUCAUGGAGAAUGAUUUACCAGCACCCUAGCCCCCUCCUGGUGCCUCUUAUCAAAUGCCUCUCUGCAGACCUUUGAGACUGACAUCACUGUGCAGAGCCCAGCUCCCCACACCUGAUUCCAAGCUCGUUCAGCGCUGGUGAAAAAUGCUCUCCUUUGAGUACCUGGCCUCCUGGCUCCCCGGCUUGGCCUGGGGUUCCACCCUGAUGGACUCUCUCUUGCAAGGGCUAAUAGGAGCCUGUGCCGUCUCUGUCCUCUGCAGCCUAGUGAAGAUUUAUCUCUACAUCCAGUGUCUGAAUGACCCGGACAAGCAGAAGGAGGAGGAGACCAUCCGCUCCCAGUGGUCCCUACUGGAUCACAUCCACUUCUUUCUACUGACGUUGAUCUUCACGGUGGUUGGGUAUCGCGUGGCUGCUUUGGUGGUGCUGGAGUUUUCCCUCAGGGCUGUGUCUAUGCUGCUGUCCCUGAAUAAGGGGGCGCACAGCAGCCAGUUGUACCUGCUGUGCCAGUACUCCCUAGGGUGCGGCAUCUCCUGCAGCCUCAGCUACCUCCUGGAGGGGGCUCCCCACCGCAGCUGCAACCUGAUCCUCAGCUUGGGCCUGGCCAGCCUGAUCACCUGCUACGUCUGGAGGCUGGCCCGGCACGUCUGCACCAUGUACGAGCUCCACAGCAAGGAGCGCUACUGCGGGGUCUGCAUCUUCCUGCUCACCACCUGGCACGGCAUCCCCACCCUGCUCUGCAACGCCCUCAAGAUCACCUUCGUGGUGGCUGACCUGGCCGCUGUCGCGCUGAUCAACAGGGAUUUCCUCACCACCUCGGAGGCCAUACGCUUCUGGACACCGCUCACCAUCUGCUACACCCUGCUGGUCAUCUACAUGCAAGAGGAGCAGAGGCAUAACCCCAGCGAGCAGAUGGUCUAUCAGACGGUGUUUGUGAGGAUGGGAGGCCUCCUCAUCCUCCUAAUGACAGUGGGCCGGUGGAUGGACAUCAUGAACAUCUUCAUCUCGCUGGUGGGUGAGAUCUGGUGCCUGGUUCGGGCAGGGAUCAUGCUGGACAUCUGCCGGGCUCAGGAUUUUUCUCAAAGAUUCCCAGAACCCAGUUCCAGGCAGCCCCAGCCUAGGCCUGAGGCCCAUGGCAGAAAAUCCAGCUCAGUGACCAAGUCCUCAAGUGGAGGGGCCGGAGCCGAGAGCUGAGGAGGGGGCUGCCAUGUUCCAGCGAUGGCAAGAAAGGCAAAGCCCCAGCGACCAGGACUGAAAUGUGACAUUUUAAGCUUCAGGCCAUGCCAACUGAAGCGGCUUAAUUCACAUGCCGUAGGUGCUCCAGUAACAAACCAGAUUUGGGGGUGAUCUGCUGAGGACAUGAUCAAAUGGACAGUUGUUAACCUGGGACGGUGCAAACUACCUAGAUGACUCUUUGCUCCCCUCAACCCUCGUGCCCCAAACACACUGCAGUUGGUUGAUGUGCCCCGGUCCCUGGAAAUGGGGAGGCCCCCAAUCGCCCUCCGGGCUGCAUCGCAUACUGGAGAAGGGGAAACCAUUCCCCCACUACCCCUGGUGUUUAAAGGUUUCACUUUCCCUGCUGGCUCUUUCCAGAUCGUCUCUAGCCUGAAGCUCUCAUCGGCUAGCGAUCCCAGCCUCUCCAGGAGCCUAAGCUUGCAGCGUUCGUCUCUGGAGCCAGCUGUCCCUGGAUCAACCCCAAAGCCAAACUUCUUGCCCAUUGAACCAGUGCAUAAGGCCAGUGAUGGAGGUGGUUGGAGGGGAAGAGGCCAUGAUGGACAGAGUGGCUAGGAGGAGCUUGGUCCAAGCCAGACCCGGCUGCUGCCAUCUGAUUUUUUUUGGUGGCCAGCUGGAUCUAUGCACAGUUGUCCCUAUUGCCUGACACACAAUCCCCAUCGGCCCCCUGCUCAGCAGCCACUAGUGAGUGAAUGGGCAUGGACCUUGCUCUCCUCCUGGAGGCUGUCCCUUCAAGUCAAGGCUGAGGCCCCUUGGCCGGGUAGCAGGGGAGACAAGCUGGAGGAUGGAGGUCGAGGUCCAGGCCUGUUGUUCAGCACCUACACACUCACUGUAAAGAAUUCACUCCUAAUUCAUUGCCAAGGAAAUACCCCUCCACACUGGGUGUUGGUGCAGGUGGGGGCUCCCUCUCAUCUCACAGCAGCAGGCCAGCCCUCCCCGCCAUGUGCAUCUCUUCAGCAUCCCUCUGCACCAAGGGCUGGGGUGUCACUCAGUACCCCAAGCAUCUAACUGUCCUGGGGGCACCCCAGAGCCAUUCCUCUAGCCUGUUCCACAGGGGCUCUGAAGGGGAUGAGCCUGCAGCUGGGCUGGAUGUUUGGAUAACACGGGCUGGUUCAGAGGGACUGGGUCUCUGAAUUCUGCCUGCGGGAGAGACUGGAGCUGACCUUGAAAUUCAGCAGCUCAUGAGGGGACUGUCUGGACCUCCUGCUCCAGGUUUGCCUCGUCCCCCUUGGCCGUGUGUUUGCUCUGUCCCAUUCAGGCUCUGUCUGAACUUGCACUAGCCUCUCCUUCAGAACCCUUGGCCCAUCUCCUCCGGCACGGUGACGGCAAGGAGCGUCUGGGCUGGGCUCCAGACACGUCCCAUCAUGAGACGUGAGGAGCCGUGCGCAUCAGCUUCCUGUCUAGCGAGGUAGGCAGAAGAGGGGAAUCUGUAGACGCUUGUACUGUCAGUUGUAUGACCAUACGUGAGAAUAAAGUGUAUAAAACACACUGAGCUGGAGGGUGGGUGGCAAGAGCCCCUUCACCUUUCAUUACUGCGUUUCUGAGUGUUUAUCAUUGUCUUCUGUGGGUCCUGACCGGAGCAGUGACAAGCGAGAUGCUAGGAAAUGUUUGGAGCUAUGUGGCCUGAUGUGCUUUAAUCUUCUUUUCCCCGCCCCUCCACCCCCUGUUAGCCUGCCCCCGACAUGCCCGCCUCUGUCUGAUCGGCAUUUGUAUCUCACCAGCCAAGUAAGAUCAUGGGCGAAGGUAACAUCACGGGCCAGUCCACCCUGCCAGUUCUUGGGCUUCUACUUUCCACAUCCGUCGUGGGUCCUGCAGAACCAUUUCCACUCCUACUAUGGACCCUGCUGCCACCUGUUGCAAACCAGGACCAGAGAGGGAACGGACUCUAGUAGCAGGCAGCCGAGUAGCCACUGCUAGCAAGUCUGGCCUGACUGAUGGGUCUCAUGGUGCACUGCCUGCCUGGGGGAGAUGGGGGCUCCAGGCCAUUUGGGGGUUGUGAAAUUUUGUGAGUGCUGAAGGGCUCUUGCUCCCUGGCUGAAAGGGCUAUGGUGAUUUUAUUUUAACCCAAGCCAGCAUGAUUUUCUCAUUUUACGCACACAUGCCCUGCCCCAGUGCAAAGCCUGGCCGCAUCAUGUUUCUCCAGCAGGGACCAAGUAACGGAGAUUUUGGCCCUAAAACAUUCUGGCUGGGAUCUCGCUGCUCUUCACCAGCCCAUGGGAGGUGGGUGGUACUGGCCUUGUUGCAGG